CUCCUCCUCAUCUCCACUGCUCGCACCGGCGACGCGCGCGGCCGCAAGCCAGUCGCCGUGACCUACGGGCCACCGCGCACGGCGACGACGCUCUCAACGUUUAUCGUUCGCGCGUUCCUCUGCGCGACGAAUAGAACUGGAUACGUACGCAAGACCCACGAUCUCGAGGCGGCUAAGUCAUUAGCGCGCGAUGGCAUCCCGUUGUUCGUGACGCAUCGCGAGUCAAAGAACAACGCCUGGGAUGGAAGCAGCAACUGUGACACCGAUACCACCGCUCGCAGUCUUGAGAAGGAGUGGGGCAUCCCGAGGAACUCGAUAAAAGUACUGCAACGCACGGCGUCCGUCGCGCAGCGCGAGUGGCGGGUCGUCCAAGAUUACGCGGCGUUUUUUAAAGCGCCCCCAUUGCGGCGCGACGGCUUCGAUGCGGAACGGCGCCGCCGGGCCGCGCACGCGCUGGGCGCGGUCGUGGAAUUCAUCCGGCCGUGGUCGACGCUGCGACGAUGUUGCGGGUCGCAAAUGUCGCGCAACUACCGAAAACGCCUCUACAGGGCGGCCAGGGCCGCACGGGCCGUCACUGGACGAAAGUUGCUAGCUCGUGGCCGCUUCGCGAGUAGGGGGCGCCCGCUCCAGACCAACGUAGCCGCUCAUAUAAACUACGACGCGUGCGAGAUGUACGACAUUGACGCGGUCGAGGCGAUGCUGAUCCGCACGAGAUUGUUUCAGCAGUGCCCCGUCCUACGAUCUCUUCAAGAGGGCGACAAGCGGGCCUUGUCGGCGGACGCGGGUCCGAUCAACGGCACCUACUGUCGGAGGUAUAGGGACGCGGCGGUGGCGACGCGCGCGUCCUUCAACGAAAACCCCUGGGAACUCAUGCGUAACAACAACAGGUAG